AUGAACAAGAUGGUCGAAGAGAUCGACGUCCUCAUCUGUGGCAGCGGCUCCGCGGGCCUCUGCGCCGCAGUAUGGCUUGCUCGCUAUGGCGUCAACUUCAAGAUCCUAGAACGCCGGAAUGGGCCGCUCGAGCAGGGACAAGCCGACGGCGUACAAUGCCGUACCGUCGAAAUCUUCGAGAGUCUUGGCCUUUCAGAAGACCUGCUGAAAGAAGCGCAUCACAUUCUUGAGCUGGCGUUUUGGACUCCGGACGGGAAAGGUGGAAUCCGGAGGUCUCGCCUCGAGCCCGACACGGAGCCUGGGCUCAGCCAUCUACCCCACGUCAUCUUGAACCAGGCCCGAUUCAAUGAGUUGCUGAUAAAAGAUAUUGAACGGAGAUCUGGACAAUCGCAUAUUCAGUACGGGAGCGACGUUCAACGUGUUGAGGUUGACAGCCAACUCGCAAGCGACCCUACCGCGCAUUGCGUGACGGUCACAGCUGUGGAGGAGGGAGUUGAGCGGGUGUAUCGGGCAAAGUAUGCAUUGGCAUGCGAUGGAGCGCACAGUGCUGUCAGAAGAUCCCUCGGAUUCAAGAUGGUCGGCGACAGCAGUGAUGCAAUUUGGGCUGUGAUGGACGUUUUCCCAAGGACGGACUUUCCUGACAUCCGAAAGAAGUGUGUCCUACAGUCUGAUGCUGGAAACCUGGUAAUCAUUCCGAGAGAAGGUGACGAGAAAGUCCGAUUUUACAUGGAGAUGCCUGGCUGGGCAGCGAGCGACGUCAAACCGGACAAGGUCAAGCAUCGCAUCGAUCAGAUAUUCAGCCCCUACAAGGUUGAAAUUGCUGAGACUUCUUGGUUCUCAGUCUACUCCAUAGGACAGCGAGUUGCCGACAACUUCGCCAAGGAGAACCGCGUUUUCCUGACGGGCGAUGCAUGUCAUACUCACUCCCCAAAGGCCGGUCAGGGAAUGAACGUCAGUCUGCAGGAUGGUUACAACCUAGGCUGGAAGCUCUCAGCCGUUGUGAAUGGACAAGCAAAACCGUCAAUUUUGGAGACGUACGUCUCCGAGCGGAAGCAAACUGCACAUGACCUGAUCGAUUUCGACCGCCAUUUUACAAGACUGUUCUCCUCGUCUUAUCGGAAAGAACACGGCGUCACUGUCGACGAUUUCCAGGACUUCUUCAUCAAAUCGGGAAGAUACACUGCCGGGUUGGCGAUAGAGUACAACACUUCACUCCUCGUGGACUCCGGUGAAGGUGAUCAGCUGGCCAACAAAGUGCGUGUCGGCAUGCGGUUCCCCAGCGCACAGGUUUCUUCGGGGGCGACAUCAACAAGCCUGAAGCCGAAGCCCGUCUAG